AUGACUCCUGCGUUGUGUGCCAAGGGCUGUGGUUUCUUUGGCUCUCCAGAGAACAAAAAUCUUUGUUCAAAGUGUUACAAAGAGUAUCUCAAAGAAGAGGUAAUUGCUAAGACUGCAGACAAACUCUCUGAACUUGUCAUCACCCCAUCAUCUGAUGAUAAGAACCCAGCUGUUGUUUCUAAUGAAACAGCUUCAACAACCACUGCUACUGCAUCCGCUACAACAGUGCUGAAAAAUAGAUGUGAAUGCUGCGGCAAGAAAGUUGGUUUGAUGGGGUUCAAGUGCCGCUGUGGGAAAACCUUCUGUGGGGUUCAUCGAUAUGCCAAGGAGCACUCCUGCACCUUUGAUUGA